AUGAAAAAGACGUUGGGUGUUCGAUUAUUUUGUCAGAGUGUGCCUGAGGAUAUUUGCCUGAUACGGAACAUUGGUAUUUUGGCUCGUGUUGGUGCAGGAAAAUCAACCACUACAGAAAGCAUGUUGUAUUCCGCAGAGAAACAUCGCAGCAAUGCAGACACGAAUCAGAACCCGAAGAAAGAGAGAGAAACUUUGGUUUCGUCAUCUCCGGUGUCGUUUUAUUGGAAAAAGUACUUGUUUAAUCUCAUUGACACCCCCUGUCAUAUGGACCCAACCACUGAAGUCGAAAGAUGUCUGAAUGUUCUUGAUGGUGCUGUUAUCAUAUUAGAUGGUUCGGCCGGAAUCGAAGCCCGAACUGUAACAAUUUGGCGACAGGCAGACCGACACAACCUGCCUCGCAUGAUAUAUGUAAAUAAAUUGGAUUGUCCCGGUGCUUCUAUAGACAAAUGCCUUGACGCUUUGUAUAAAAAGCUGAACGUUAACCCUCUUCUUCUCCAUUCACCUAUUUAUGGUGAUAACAAUCAAUUACACGGAGUCAUUGAUUUGAUUACUAUGACUUAUAACAAAUGGCAGAAAGAUGAUCGCUAUGUUUUUGAGUCGAAGCCUUUAAAUCUUAAAGAACACUUCCAUCUUUGGGAAAAAGCUAUCAAGCAGAGACACUCGCUUGUAAAAAAGCUGGUUGAAAACGAUCAAGACAUGGCUCAAACUAUAAAAAAGUCUGAGCCGUUGGACGUUCCGACGCAUGUUGUCUUGGAGUCCGUGAGAAAUGUUACCAUGAAGCAGAAGGCCGUACCAGUGGUGUGUGGGAGUUCAUCCAAGAACAUUGGGGUACACUUUCUAAUGGACGCCAUUGUUAAUUUUCUUCCCUGUCCAGUCGAAAGGAACAAUUUACUUUUGCACUGUUUCAAAGAUGCAUUGUGUGCCAGGGCAUUCAAAGUCAUUCACGACAAACAAAAGGAACCUGUUACCUUUUUCCGGAUAUAUUCAGGUUCGCUUGUGAAAGGUCAAAAUAUAUACAAUAUACAACAAGCAAAGACUGAACAAGUGACAAGACUAAUGCUUCCUUAUGCAGACGAAAUAAUUGAUGUGCCUAGUGUUCCUCGUGGUAAAUUAGCAGCUAUUGCAGGUCUUAAGAACACGGUGACUGGUGACUUCGUAACACUAAAUGCAAGUGUAGCAUCGGCUGCAAAGAAAGUGCUGUCGAAAUAUGAAGCUGAAUCUCCUCAGGCAGACUUUAGCCAACCGCCAAAAGCCCCAGUCCCGGUAUUCUAUUGUUCCAUUGGGGUACCAACGAAGGAGUGUCAAAUACCGUUAGAAUUAGCUCUGCAACAUCUGCAAAGGGAAGAUCCUAGUUUGGUGGUGACUAAAGAUGAGAUGACAGGCCAAACAUUUUUAGGAGGCAUGGGGGAACUUCAUUUAAGUGCAGUUAAAACAAAAAUAAUUUCGGAUUACAAAAUAAACGUGUCAUUAGGAUCUCUGCGAAUUGCUUAUCAUGAGAUUCCGCAGAAGGUUAAUAUAAAGAACAGUCACAUGUUAGAAUACAAAACAGACAAUUCACGACAAAAUGUAUCUCUUAUCAUGACAUUGUUAGCUCAAUCCAAAGAAGAUAAAGACACUGUUUUGCUUGACAAAAGUCCCGACAGUGCCACAAAUAUUGCUAAUUUAAAUUCUCGAUAUUUGUUGGCAAUAAUUCAAGGUGUGAAUAGAGCUUUAUUGCAUGGUCCUAAAGUCAGAUGCCCAGUCGUCGGGACUUGUGUCAUGCUGCACUGGUUCGAAACAAGCAAGGGAACCACGGAGCAAAUUGUGAGUACUGCAGCGUCCCAGUGUGUGCAAAAGUUGCUGAAGGCGGUGGGCACUCGCUUAUUGGAACCUAUAAUGACAGUAGAAAUACUGUGUGGCCACAACACGUCUUCAGCAGUUGUGCCCGAUUUACUACAUCGAAGAGGACAAAUCGUCAAAGUGACACAACGAGGGCAACAAAUGGUAAUAGAUGCGAAAGUACCCUUGGCGGAGUUGUCAAAUUACGCCAUGGAUUUGCAAAAACUUUCGCAAAAAACUGGAUCCUUUACAAUGUUAUUGGAUUGUUAUAAGGCAAUGUCACCAACAGACGAAACAAAGGCUGUUAAAAAAGUUACAGGGCUCAAUUCGCAGUAA